GAGCCUUGCCAGGAGUUGCGAGGCGAAGCAAGUGCCGCCUAGGCCGCGACAGUUGGCCUCCCGCUGGCCCGGCCCAGACCACGGUUACCGAGUAGGGAACACGAGCACCGCCGGGCUCACCUGCGAGCUCCCGAGCGGGGCGCCCCAGCCUCUCAAGGACGGCCGAGCGACGGUUACCCUGGAGAGCGCGACCCACGGGAAUAAGUGGUAAUAAGACCUCAGUAGCCAUGGCUAGUUGUGACGUGAAACCAAAAUCAGUAAGUCAUGCCAAAAAGUGGUCAGAAGAGAUAGAAAAUCUGUACAGAUUUCAACAAGCAGGAUAUCGAGAUGAAGCUGAAUACAAACAAGUGAAACAAGUUUCUAUGGUAGAUCGUUGGCCAGAGACAGGCUACGUGAAGAAACUUCAGAGAAGGGACAAUACUUACUAUUACUACAACAAACAGAGGGAGUGUGAUGACAAGGAUGUCCACAAAGUGAAAAUUUAUGCUUACUAGUCCUUCCUCUUUGUGUUACUUGACAGUUUCUUUUCAAAAUGCAUUGCUUCAUUCCAUGUCAUGUCAGUGUUCCUCAUUUCACAAAAUACUCCAAAUGCAGACUUCAGUGGAAUGUUUGCGACACAAAAGCCAUGGAACUUGGUGUCUCUUAAUCAUCCUGUUCUGUUCUAGCCGGUUGUGCCCGCCUGGGUCUGGUUCUCCCUGGUUUAAGGAUAGCGCACAGCUGCGACACAGGGGAGGGAAGAGCCCUUUGUGAAGCCUUUCCAGGGGUUGUAAAGACGUUCUGUAGAGGUUCGCGGUCCCCCUACCCCAGCCGUUACAUCUUCACCUUGAACCUCUGAUCUACAGUUUGUGGCCUGAGGGCUUUCUCUUGCCUCUGGAGUCCUUUUCCAGUUGCUAAGUUGCCUGGAAACACCAAGGCAUGAUGGUGCCUGGGGCAGACGGUCAUCAGAGGCCCUGCCACCCGGUACCCCAGGAGGAAUCAGCCUGACACUUACCUUGUCGCAGGCACAGCAUCUCACUGGCUGACGAAGUCUGUUGCUUGUCUCCCUUCAUUGCCCCUCCUCCCACUCCCCUGCCAGGGCUUCAUUCCCUUCUGAAUCGCCUCCUUGCACUUGAAGCCGCGUCCUGGGGUCAGCAUCUGCCCCCCCCCCCCCCCCAAUGAACAACACGUUCCAGUGCUGCCUAGACUCACUGCAGAAACAGCCCAAAUGCUCACAGGCAAGGAAGCUGAUAAUUAACCUGUGAGACUUGUGAAGUCACCCCAAAUUCGAGAGUCUUGAGGGCUUGGAGAUUA